CAGAGAAAAUUGUUGAAAUUUUGAAGCAAUCGGGGAUGGUGAGAUUCUCGGUUUCUGGAGGCGGUAACGGAGAAGAAUCGAGCGAUCGUCGAUCUUGGAAGAGACUAAAACGUGCCUCGAUCGUCGAAAAUGAAGCAGAAAUCACUGGAAACCCAAACGCCGGAAGUUCCCGGGAAGGCGAGGAUGAAAGGAGGAGAUCUUCCAUCUCCGAUGGUCAUGUAGAGGACGAAGAGGAAGGUGAGCUCAAUGAUCGAGCAUCCUCGGGUAAUGAUAGAGAUGGUGAAGAGGCGACGCCGGAGGGAAAAUCGGUGAACGGUGGAGAAUCGCCCUUAACCGUGAUGCUUACGGACCCAGACGUUCUCGAUUGCGCUGUUUGCUACGAGCCACUGAAAAGCCCUAUAUUUCAGUGUGAUAAUGGGCACAUUGCUUGUGCUUCUUGUUGCACCAAGUCGAGGCAUAAAUGUCCGUCUUGCACUAUGCCCAUCGGUUACUUCCGAUGCAGAGCCAUGGAGAGAGUGAUAGAAUCGAUCAGAUUGCCCUGCCCAAACGCAAAACAAGGUUGCACGAAGAAAUUUGUUUAUGGCGAAGGUUCAUCUCAUGUAAAGGAGUGCCUUUUCAUCCCAUGUUCAUGCCCAGCACUGGACUGCAACUUCAUGGGUUCGUACAAACAACUCAACACUCAUUUCAGAGAUGAGCAUAGAAACAUCCUAAGAAAGAUCUCUCGUGGGAAAGAAGAAUACGUCUGCCUGAGCAUCAAUGAUAACGAGACCGAAGUGUUUGAGGAAGAGAAAGAGGGUGUGCUGAUCGUAAUUCAAAGUUUUCUGGUGGCAAAUGAUUUGCGUGUGAGCGUAAGCUGUAUUGCCCCUCCGGUACGAGGGGUCGGCGAGUUCUCGUACACCCUCGAAACGAGGUUAGAGGGAGAGGGAGAAACCACUCUGACGUUUGAUUCGAAGAUGAGAAAUAUACAGGAAGUAAGCAUGGAGCCGCCUGUUGAAUGCUUUAUGUUGAUUCCUUCAUAUAUGUUUUAUGGCAUUGGCAGUAAAGGUGUGAAGACGGUGAGGAUUUGCAUCAGCCGCAGUGGAGAGACGAGCGGACACUGUGAGCAAGUAGUAGCUCUAUCGUCGGAGGACUGCAGAUGGCUCAAAGUGGAACCCCCGUUUCUGGAGCCGUCGAUGGCGACGGUGAUCGUCCGUCCAGAAAGAAGCCGCGACUUCAAGGAGGAGGGGGAGGAGCAAGAGGAUGAAGACGGUGAUGCAGGGGAAGACGAAGAGACGCCUAACCGUCGCCGAGAAGACGAGAAUGAAACAAGAGUUGGAGAAGAGGCGACGCCGGAGGGGAAAUCGGUGAACGGUGGAGAAUCGUCCCUUGCCGUGACGCUUACGGAGCCAGAUGUUCUGGAUUGCGGCGUUUGCUACGAGCCACUUGGAAUCCCUAUAUUUCAGUGUGACAGUGGGCACAUUGCUUGUGCUUCUUGCUGCACCAAGUUGCGGCAUAAAUGCCCGUCCUGCGCUAUGCCCAUUGGUAACUACCGGUGCAGAGCAAUGGAGAGACUGCUAGAAACGAUCAGAUUGCCGUGCCCAAACACCAGGUAUGGAUGCAAGAAGAUAUUAGCCUACGGUGAGAGAUCCUCUCAUGGAAAGGAGUGCCUUUUCAUCUCAUGCACGUGCCCAGUCCUUGGCUGCAAUUUCAGCGGUCCGUACAAACAGCUCACCAGCCAUUUCAGAGAUGAACAUAGCCGUUCCCUAAAAGGGAUCUCGUGUGGGAAACCCGAAUACACCUGCCUGAGCAUCAAUCAUAACGAGAUGAAAGUGUUUGAGGAAGAGAAAGAGGGUGAGCUGGUCGUGCUUCAGAGUUUUCCGGUGGCGAAUGAUUUGCGUGUGAGCGUAAGCUGUAUUUCCCCUCUGGUCCGAGGGGUCGGUGAGUUCUCGUACAACCUCGAGACGAGCAUUUUAGACGGAGAACGAGAAACCAUUCUGACGUUUGAUUCGAAAAUGAAAAAAAUACAGAAAGUGAGCAUAGACCCACCGGACGCGGGUUUUAUGUUGGUGCCUACAUAUAUGUUUUAUGGUCGGAAGGGUGUGAAGACGGUGAGGCUUUGUAUCAGCCGCGGUUAAAUGCUUUGGAACAGC